AUGGAGAAGUGCGAUGAGGUGAAGGAGGUGGUAAAACAGAAUGAGGAGUUAAGGAAGGAGUGUGAGCAAGAGCGACAGGCUCACAGCAUCCUAAAGAAGAAGUGUGAUGAGAUGAAGGAGGUGGUAAAGAAGUAUGAGGAGUUACUAAAGUCCUCUCUGGCUGAAGCUGAGGAGAGAGCUAAGAUUGCUCUGGAGUCCAGUGCUCUGCUGCAGCACGAGAACUCCAGCCUGAAGGACCAAGUGAAAACACUGCAAGGCUCAGUGGAGAAGCUGGAGGGAAAACUUCAUGAGACCCACAGGAUGUGUGAAGAGAUAUUGGACGAGUGGGAGCGGGAGCGAGAGGGGCAGGAUCACAGCACUGAUUUGUCCCAAUUUGAAGACACUAAGGUCUCCCGAGCUGAAGCUGAGAAGAGUGCUCAGAAUGUGCUGGAGUCCAGUGCUCAGCUGGAGCACGAGAACUCCAACGUGAUGCACCAGGUAAACACACUGCAAGUCUCAGUGAAGGCGCUGAGGGGACAUCUCUAUGAUGCCUUGCAUUAAGCUGUACUUUUCAAAUUAAUACCAGGACUUCACAGGCUGAACUCCUGAUUAUUGACUCUCCUGUCUACAUUUUUUGGUGUUUUUCCCCUUUUUAACACUAUUGUAGCAAAUUAGUGGGUGCACAAAGAAAGAGCUUGGAAAUAACGGUCCCCAAAUGGUAUGUUAAAAAACUGCAGAUACACUGCUGCAGCCUUUUGUAGCUUUUCAUUA